CAUUCCAGUGCUCAAAGGGUGUUAAUGGAGAAGAGGUCGAAUGACAGCCGGAACUGUGGUCAUCACAGGUGGAAUAUUAGCGACUGUCAUCUUACUUUGCAUCAUAGCUGUGCUCUGCUACUGUCGGCUUCAGGUACUUGGAUUAAGCAAAUAUUAUUGCUGCAAGAAGGAUGAAUCAGAAGACGAUGCCGACGAGCCAGACUUUGCUGUGGAUUCCCACAUCCCUCCGCUCCAUUGCAACCGCAACGUGGCGCUGACCAACGGCCCUUCCUUGUACCACUCGUCCCCCUACAAGAAGCCCUCCCAGUGCCGGACGGUCUGUCCCAACUGCUCCCAUUUCGAGCCCCCCACGUUCUUCCUGCAGGAGCCGGAAGAGGAAGUCCGGAAUGGAGGCGACCGCAUCAACUACAAGGCCAUCAGCCAGGAAGAUCUGGAGCUGCCCGUCACCGUGAGCAGCAUGCAGGCCCUGAACCCCAACCGCCCCCCCAGCGGCUGACGGCCAUGCGCGAAGCCUUCUCCCGCAGCCGGAGCAUCAGCACUGACGUCUGACGCCAGCAGCGCAGCUUCCGCGGCCACCCAGAGGGCAGGGGAUGUUUUUCUAUCUUCUUGCAGCUUUUAAAAACGGCGUUGCUCUUUUUCACGGGAAAAAAAUCGACAGAGAGUCUUUUAAACUGAUGAAUGUAUUUAUAUGUUAUUACAGAUAGCUCUAUGUACCUAUUAAUAAAGCAUUGCUUAAAGGGAGGGGGAGGGGGGACAGGAUGCCAGUAGGGGGGUGCGCGGCUAAGUAGGUUUUCUAAAGCUAAGCAUUGGGGCUGAUUUUCUUUCUUUCUUUUUUAUAAAGAGGAGAUUUUGAUACCAGGAUUCCUUUUGUAUGCAAAGAACAUCGUCCUGCUCUGAGCCAGUGUGAAGACCGGGGGGGUGUCAGGCAUGGAAGGACUGGGGGGGAGGGGGGGCUAGCUGCCAUUACCCACCACCCUUCCCUUCCUUAUUCCCAGAUGGGUUGGGAGGAGUCACAUCACCAUUUCCCAAUCCUCCUAGGCCAUUUUCUUGGGUGACCAGAGCAGCCCUCAGCUUGCCCCCCCCCCCUUAAUGCCCUUCACUGAUCUCCCCAGGAGCAGAGUCUGAAUGGGAAGCAGGAAAGGGGAAGAAGCCGAUCGGUGGUCUCUUUGCAGGCGCCAGGUGAGCUUUCUGGAGAAGUGGCCACACAUCCUUCCUGGAUUAGGUUCUUUCAACCUCCUUGAACCACAUUAAUGGAGUGUUGUCUGUUCCCCUCUUGAGAGGCUCAUUCCGCACAUGCAGAAUAAUGCACUUUCAAACUGCUUUCAGUGCUCUUUGAAGCUGUGCGGAAUGGCAAAAUCCACUUGCAAACAGUUGUGAAAGUGGUUUGAAAACGCAUUAUUUUGCGUGUGCGGAAGGGGCCAGAGAAACCGGUUAUGGCUUUAUUUUGUUAAGUAUCGUUUGUCGGGCGGCAAGUACUUUUCCUAAGUACACAGCACUUUACAUAAAGUGGGCAGUGGGGGAGACGACCCCCCCGCCUUACAGUUUUAAAAAAAUUAACUUAAAAUUAUAAUAUUUUAUUUAUUUUAUUUUUUCAUUAUUUAAAACAUUUUUCCUGUGGCUGUCUUUCACUCCAGCGGGGACUUAAAGGCAACCUAUAGCAUACAUAAAAAUGCAAAAUAAAAAGACGUUAAAAAUAUUUCAGCCCAGUCGGCCGACUGAGGAAAUCUUUUUGUUGCUUAACCCUAAGAGUUUUCGUUGCCUGAUGGAUCGAUGCCACCGAUUCCAUUUGCAUUUGAGCUCCAACGAGCUUUGCGAUGCUGUCCACCUGCGUUCCCCCUGGGCUGAGAUCCCUCGGAUGAGGUCUCUCCUAAAGUGACACGGGGCAUCUGCCCUUUUGAAUGCACUUCUCAUUAUCAUCCUCAUUUAUGGACAUAAAAACACACAAGAAUAGAGUAAAACAAAGACCUGCCAAUUUAUUAACAUGGUAAAAAAAUACUUCAGUACAUUGUCAAGAUAUCUGUUAUUCUAGUGCAGUGGUGGCGAACCUUUGGCACUCCAGAUGUUAUGGACUACAAUU